AUGCUAAAUACACAAAAGAAUAAGAAAAUUAAACGCGUACAAUUUGAUAACGGCAGGGAAUUUGUGAAUAAGGAAUGGGAAGAGCAUGCAGCACAGAAAGGGACCGUUUUAGAAACAACGGCUCCGUACUCAUCUCAGCAAAACAAUAUUGCUGAACAAUUAAACCGUACACUUACCAAUAAGGCCCAAGCAAUGCUACUCAAGUCAGCAGCCCCAAAGUUCCUUUGGAACAAGGCUAUUGCGUACGCAUGUUAUCUCAAGAACCGCGUACCUACGCAAGUGCACGGUAAGUUCUGGAAAACACUGUUUGAGGCGUUUUGGGGAAACAAACCGGACGUUAGCGUGCUGCGGCCUUGGGGAACCAAGUGCUACGUACUCAACCAAGGCAAGAACAGGUCCAAAUUGGACCCAAAGACCUUCACGGCAACAUUUGUAGGAAUAUUGGACGCUCAAGAAGAGGUUGACAACAGUACCAAUUGGGGGGAAUCGGUUGCUCCGCCUGCUGAGGGGGAGAUGACUUGCGCUAACAGCGCUGCAGAACAACCAAAGGAAGAUGCUAGAACAGGGGGAGAACAUGUAGUAAGAAAAACCGAGAAAAAUGAAUUAAAAAUCGAGAGCGAACCUGAGAGUAUAAAAGAAGAGGUGAAAGUCGAACCAACAUCAUCCAACUCACCUACUGAACCUGUUCAACAACCUGCACUACACAAACCUACCACCUCUUGCUCUAGGUCUGCUAUGCGCCCUAACCUUAGUGCUACGGCUGCUGAAUUGCUCAAGAGAAUCAACUCACUUACUACUGGGAGCUACAACGGCGAACAUGGCAAGCUCAAGAUCAAUGUUGAUGACACCUCCCCGUCCGAAAUCUCCAAUAUAUUCACUGGCUCCAGCAACGCCAACAGCUCCAACAGCAAGAUCAACUACUCAUACAAUCUCCCCACUGACAACACCUCCACCUUACUCUCCGCACCUUCCAUCCCGUCCAAGUACGCCUACGCAUUGGAGACGCCAACAACACCCAAAUUGACCUUGACUAUCAACAAUAGACUGGUCAAGAGAUUCAGCCAUCUCAGGCUAUCAGACGCAACUCCAACCAAGCCAGAUUCCCCCUUGGCAUCAACCAGGGAUCUGGAACAACCCUGGUCCCUUGCGGCCAUUACCACAGCGGCCAACAACCCAACCAUGGAGGAGGCCCUUGCGGGACCACAGGCACUCAAAUGGUGGAAGGCAAUGCAGAAUGAGGUCAGUACCUUCAACAAACUAGACACAACCAAACUCACCAAAUUACCCUACAAACGCAAGGCAAUGGGGAACAAAUGGGUUCUCACGCUCAAACGCAAUGAGAACGGUGAACCGGUACGCUAUAAAGCACAAUUAGUUGUCCAAGGUUUUAGCCAACAGCCAGGUAUCAACUUUGAUAAGACAUUUGCACCUGUUGUACAAUUAGAUUCCAUUUGUACACUUGUAUUGCUUGCUAACAACAACGACUGGGACGUCCAACAGCUAGACGUCAAUGCCGCCUACUUACACGCACCUAUUGAAGAAGACUUAUACAUGCAACAAAUUCCUUACUUCAACGACGGUACGGACCAAGUUCUUAAACUCAAGCAAUCUAUAUAUGGACUGAAACAAGCAGGCCAAAUGUGGAACAAAUUUUACAAUACCAAACUCAAGACAAUUGGUUAUAAACCUUGCCUUACCAACGCAUGUGUCUACCAACGUAUCCAAGAAUUGAAUGGUGAGCAAUACGUAUCCAUUAUUGCCACCCACAUUGAUGACUCAAUUGUAAUUACAUUGACAAACCACACCAACUUUGCAAUAUCAGAACUCCUGAACAUAUUUGAUAUGCGCAACUUAGGCCCCAUUCGUCACUUCCUGGGUAUCACAUUCAAGUGCAAUUGUAAACAAGGAAUUAUGCACCUUAACCAAACCGCAUACAUCAACAGCUUAGCCAAAUUUGCAGGUCUUAAAGAUGCUUACCCCGCCAACACUCCACUCAGCCCUAGCGUUCAGCUUACACGUUUCGAGGGCACCAAACCGAAAUUUAACUAUGGGACUUACAUUGGUAAGCUCCUAUAUGCGGCCUUGUGUACCCGUCCUGACAUCGCAUUUGCCGUCGCACACCUUGCUCAAUUCACUUUGUGUUACGGACCGGCACACGUGACUCAAAUCAAAUGUGUCAUUUGUUACCUCUUAGGCACUCCGACGCUAGGACUUACGUAUCGCCGAUCAGCCAAAGACUUUGGCAAAAUCAGUUAUUCCGAUGCUGACUGGGGAAGCAACCUCAUAGAUUGUAAGUCCGUCUCCGGUCAUGUCUUUAUGCUUGGAGGCGCUGCGAUUUCUUGGUCAGCUAAGAAGCAGGCCACAGUUGCAUUGUCGACUAUGGAAGCCGAAUAUAUGUCGUUGGCACACGCAUGUACUCAGGCUCUUUGGCUUUGUCAAUUCUUUGAGGAAUUGCACUUAUACGCCGACGCCCCUACUCUCAUAUUGUCCGAUAAUAUCGCCGCAUUAACAUUAUCCGUAGAAUCCCAAUACCACGGACGCUCAAAGCAUAUCGAUAUACGACACCAUUUUAUGCGCAAUAUCAUCGAGCAACGUAAGGUAUCUACCUUGUACGUACCUACUCAUGAGAACUUAGCCGACGCUUUUACUAAAGCUCUGCCGGCUCCUCAAUUUAGGUAUCUCAUGCGAUCAAUCAUGGGAGAGAUUACGGAGACGUCGAUCGAGGACGAAGUUGAUUAA